AGGGCAGAGAUACAACGAGAAAUGAUUUCCUCUGCAAUCAAAUCCUUCACACUUAGAGCAUACUGUCAUCACUGGACAUCUCUGUAAUUUCAUGAACGACAGGGAGGUCAUAUGUCAAGGUGUGUUUUUUCUCUUCAAUUUAGGGUUUGCAUGACCUUUAUUAUAAUUUUCGGAGUCUCACUGUCCGUACUUUCAGCAUGUCUUCGUCAGUGUUGAAAUGCAUGCUGCUGUGUGCGUUGAUGCAUGGAGCGGUGUGUGCCUGCACGCUGAAGAAUCACACUAUAUGGAUUGAGAGACAAGACUGCGCCCAGUGUGUGGCCGUCAACACCACAAUCUGCAGCGGCUACUGUUACACACAGGACACCAAUUUGAAGGGCCGCUUCGGGAGGAGCUUCCUGAUCCAGCGCAGCUGUGUGCCUCACUCCCUGGUGUACCGAGCCGCCCAUGUGCCAGGCUGCCCUCAGGAUGUCAACUCACAGCUGUAUUACCCAGUGGCCCAACGCUGCAGCUGCAGGCGCUGCGACACGCGCACACACCACUGUGUCCGGAUCUCUCAUGACGGAUGCACCGUGACCCUUGGCGGUGUGAGGAGCCAGACCCAGCCCGCUGUGGGAACCUGACAAUACAUAUACAGCUGAUGGACCACAGCUGCUCAUGUUGUUUUCUCUAGCUUCUUUGGCAAUAUAACACAGUGUUGGACAUGCAUCAUAACUUUAUUGUGAACAAUUUAGUAAAUUAAUGAGAUGACAAUGAAUGUAUGGAAAUAAAUGAUUACAUAAUAAGUGUGUUUCGUAUUGUAUCGUAACUUCUCGAGCCUGGUUUGAUAGCUCAGGGCUUAUGCCCUUUUCUAUCCAUAGGAAAUCUUUGGAGGGAGGAGAGAGGAAAUGGAGGAGGAGCCCAGUUGGUGCUGAGGCAUCAUGGCCCAUGCCCGGCCAGUUGAGGAGUUUUUUUUUUCUUCCUUUUCCUCAUAACAAAAUAAAAUAAAAUGAAAUAUGGAUAAAACAAAAUGGAGCGAAAAAUAAAUUAAAGAAAGAAAAAA